CUCCGAAGUUUUUCGCUCAUAUAUCGCGGGCUUUUGAAAUUUCCUACCCAGAAACCUUUGCUAUAUUCUAGGUUCAACAUGGCGGAUAAUUCGAAGAUGGAAGUGGAAGAGGACGCACGCGAAACGACAGAGGAUCAAGAUAUUGAAGAGAACAUGGAUGAAGCUGUGAACAAGGAAGAUGGAAGCUCGGACUCCGAAGACUCUGAUGAUAAUGAGGCUGUUCAUGAUCCAAGAAUUCAGCAGCUUGAGCUCCAGGUGCUGUAACUCUGCACGCUUGCAUGUGCACAGCUGACAGUGUUUCAUGACCUGUUCACGUUGUACUGAAGAGCGUCUGUGAAAUUUUCAUUCUAUAUUUUGCAUAAAUUUAAUUCGCAGAAGUAUGCUCAUGCGGGGGACCUGAAAAGCUCUUAAUUUUUAUCUUGACAUUGGAGAAUUUUAAAUUUUGAAAUAAAUAAUUUCUGCACAUUUUCGCUGAUCAAAAGUAUGGAUGAGACGCGUUAUUCCCUCCCUCAAUUUUUCUUCAUUUUAAAUUUAAAUAAGUUUUGGGGAGAGACAAAAUAGUUUAAGUUCAAAGAAUGGGAUCCAUAUCCCCCAUUUCCCUUCCCCUCCCUGUAGGUGCAUAUUGUAAAGUUUUUCAAGGGGACUGUGUAAUGUACUUCAUCUCACUGAGUCAUAGCAGUACCUUCUUGUUCCUCAACAUCCUUCAUGACUUCAAAACUCACCAUCUGGCAACCUAAAAUCAUUAACUGAUCACCAUGAAUGAAGUUGUUCUCGUCCCUCUUGCAAUAGAUCAUGAAUAAGACUAGAUAAAAAUAAAUGUCUUCAGCUUACUAAAUUUAGUAACUAUUGACAUUUACAAUGCUGUUGAAAUGCUCAUACUGAAUCAUAGUACCUGAGAACCCUCCUGUAUAUGGUUGCAGAUAUUUUCACUAGAUCACAGUUAAAGAUUUAAAAAGGAGGGCUCUAGAUAGGGGAGGGAGAGAAGGAAUGAGCCAGUUAGCAAAGAUUUACUCAUAAAAAGUCUUCCUUGUUUGGUUUGUCUGAACAAAUGUUUGUUAAGAGAUGGAGAUAAAUACAUUUUACCAAAAGAAUAAUUAAAGUUGUUAUUAUUUGAUUUUUGCUUUGAAAUUUUCAGGUAGCAAGCAAUCCAUACCACUAUGAUUUUCAUGUAGAACUCAUUAAACUUCUUAGAGAGUCUGGUGAUCUUGAUAGAUUGAGGGAUGCUAGAGAGGGUAUGAGCAAGAUCUUUCCUCUGACAGAAGGUAAUUUGUAAUUAUGUGGCUGUAAGUGUUAGCAGUAUGGGUUAGUUUGUUGUUUCUGAGAUGUGGCCGAGAAAAUGAUGUAGAUCAAAUAUGGAAUUGUUGCCUGACAUAGUUUAAUUUUUAAAUAGGUCUUGUCUAAUUCAAAGCGUGAAGAAACCUUUCCUUGGAAUAAAAAAUUGAGUUACUUCUGCAGCAUGUACAUGUACAUUUAUGUUGAAUUUUGAUUUUUCUUCAUAAAACAACCACAAACAGUUCUGCUGUUUAUCCUCUAAUCCAUUUCAAACAUAAUUUUCUCUUGAUAGCAUGAACCCCUCAGUAACAACAUUUGAUUUACUGCAUCAAAAGGUCAUAUGAGUUGUGCUUUGUGUGUUUUAAAAACCACCAUACAUGUUUGUUCUUAAGAGUUGUUCAUUUUCACAGAUCUCUAUUGCAAUAAUGUUACUAUGAUAUAAUAAUAAUAAUAAUAAUAAUAAUAAUAAUAAUAAUAAUAAUAACCAAUAUUUAUAUAGCGCACAUAUCAAAAAACUCUCAUGGCGCUUUACAAUAAGUAUAAGAAAUUAAUUUGAAUUAAUUUAAAAAUGAACACAAUACCUGUUGAUCAAUAUAGAAAAUAAAUAUGUUUUUAGAUUAUUUUUAAAUAAAGGCAGUGUUCCAACAUUUCUGACAUGGUUAGGCAGGCCAUUCCAUAAUUUUGGUGCACAGACUGAGAAUGCUUUAUCUUCAUAUGUUUUUGUUCUUGAUGUUGAUGUUGCUAGGAGUCCUAAAGAACUCGAGCGCAUUAUUCGAGAUUGUUUUCACUCCUGUCAUUGUUCAGAGACAUAUCCAGGGCACAGUCCAUGACAAGCUUUGUAGACAAGGAGUAAAAUUUUGAAAACAACGCAAUACAAAACAGGAAGCCAGUGAAGUUGCUGUAAUAAAGGGGUGAUGUGAUUGUACUUGAAUGAACGAGUGACUAGUCGAGCAACUGUGUUUUGAACCCUCUGCAUUUUGUUAACUUGAUAUUUGGGCAGACCAAAGUAAAGAUGGUUGCAGUAAUCUAGCUUUGUAGUUACAAAAGCAUGUACAACCUUAGAAGUGGUGUCAUCUGUCAGAUAUUUACAAAUUUUAAACAGGUUUCCUAAGAUGAAAGUUCUACAAAGUUGAUUUAUAUGAUCAUUGAACAAUAUUUCCUUGUCAAAGAUGAUUCCAAGAUUAGUAACUAUUCCAGCCAUAGUGAGUUGUUCAUUACCGAGGAUGAUCUCAUCCAGUGAAGGGCUUUUCCAAAAUUUAGAGUGAAUUAAUAAUAUGUCAGUUUCCUCUUUGUUAAGCUUUAGCUCGUUUCGCUCCAUCCAUAAGCAAAUGUCAGAUACACAGUUGGCAAUCCAGUCAGUAAUAGAGUGAAUGUUAUAAUGUUUGAAGGCCACAUAAAGCUGUGUGUCAUCUGCAUAAAAAUGUUAGUUUAGUUGGUGCUUUUUGAUGACUUCAGAAAUGGGUAUGGUAUACAUCAGAUACAGAACAGGUCCCAAAACAGAGCCCUGAGGCACUCCUAUUAAUAGAUCACGGUUUCCAGCAAUUAAAAUAGCAGUCUUAUAAUAAUUGAAAUAAAUUUUGAAAUGUUUUGUUUAAACCCUUUAACUCCCAGAAGUGAUUAACACGUAACUUCUCCCUAUAAUGUUCAUACAUUAUUUGGCAAACUGGUAAUGAGAAUACUCAAACUCAUCAGGUACAAGAUAUUACUUUGAUUGACCACCAAAUUCUCAUAACCAAUUUACAAAGAAAUGUAUAGUAGCUAGAGGGGAGAAUUAACAAUCAGAUCUUGGGAGUUAAAGGGUUAAACACAGUGGAAAGGUUUUUUUGAGGUAUAUGAUUUAGUAAAAAAUUAUGUAUGUUCUGUCAUCUUUCCAUCUAGAACUAUGGUUAGAGUGGCUCAAAGAUGAGAUCCCAUUAGCAUGCAUCCCAGAACAGAGAGAGAAAGUCAUUGCUCUGUUUGAAAGAGCAGUGAAAGACUACCAAUGUAAGUCCAUUAUAUACAACAGCACCUAUCUUCCUUGCAAUAUAUGUUGUUGUGAUUGCACAAAAAGUAGCCAUAUUGUGAUGAAUAGGACUCUUCCAGAGACACAAAAAAUUAAACACCAUUGUAUGUAAAAUGGUUGAUCUGAUUGAUAGAUAAAAGUUUGUGAGUUGUUUACUCAUUCAACUGUGAUUUGGUGUUUAAAAAUCUUGUUUAGACAAAAUAAAUUAUUUUAUUCAAUUUUUAUUAGCAAUUAUUCCAAAGUUUCUUUAUUGAUGAAACUUAGGGAACUUUUUAUUAUUGUUGAUUUGAUUUGCUCUUUCCUUAUUCAUUUUUGUGAGAGGUUGUUUUAUCAGGAGAUGCAAUUUCUGACCAAUGGCUCACUCCCUGAGAUAAGCAUAGGCCUGAAAAGCACCAUUGCUUGUCCAUGAUUUAAACUUUUCUUCAUUCCGCACAGCUGUACGAGUUUGGAUUUUAUACUGUCAGUUUAUGAUGGAUAUCAUGGAAGGAGAAGACAGUCUUCAGGCAGUGAGAUCAACUUUUGAAAAAGCUUUAACUGCGGCUGGUCUUCAUGUAACCGAGGUACUAUAAUGCAGUUAAUACAUAAGUUAUCAUUAUAAUUGUAAUUGCUAGGAGCCUAUUGUACAAAGUACAAUAGUACUUAUACUGCAAUAGUACUUAUACUACAAUAGUACAGUACUUAUACUGCUCCAGAGAGGCUGUUUUUUCUGUUUGCUGUGUUUUCAAUAUAGAUCAAGAUUUGAUAGUUUUGAAAUUCAAACACUAACAAGGUCAAAGGAAAACUGAAAAACAGAAGACCAAUUUUUGAGCUAAGACCCACACUACACAAAUGGCAUCAGGCCUGUGUAAUUACAAGGAUUUUUGAUAAACAGGUCCCUGACAAGAAAUGCAAACAUUCUUUGGCAAUGUUUUAGGAGCAAGGUAGAGGUUAUCUUUGAUAGUGAUGAACUGAAUCUGUUCCAGUCUGUAUAUAGAUAGUCCGUAUAAUAGCGAUAAUAAUAAUGAUAUAACAAUAAUUUAGCGGUGGACAUUUUCACAAGGUGGGCCUUCCUGUCAACUGUUUCCAGAUCAAAUUAGAAUUUGGAAAUGUUGGUUUUUGGGGAGGGAGGAAAACUGAAGGACCCAGAGAAAAAUCCUCAGAGCAAGAACAAGAACAAGAACCAACAACAAAAUAAACCCACAGAUGAUGGUGGAUCCUGGAAUGGAACCCAGGCCACAGUGGUGGGAGGCAAGUGCUUUCACCACUGUACCAUCCCUGCUCCCUUGUUUUGUUUUUGAUUGCUUUUACACUUUUCUGAUUGUAGGGAUCCUCAAUCUGGGAAGGCUAUAGAGAGCUAGAAAUGGACAUUUUAGAAUCGCUAGAGGUGUGUCUUUAUAUCUACUUUGCAAUGUCUAUUCAGUUCUGUGAUAGGUAAGAAUGUGCCUUCUUUUACUGAAGUUUAGCUUUCUAGGGAUAUAUAAUUUAUGUACAUCAAAUUAUUGCAGUAAAGCAAAUUAGUGGUGCAAGCCUGCACAUUCAAAUUCUCACUUUGUGUAGCUAUUUUUUUUCACUUAAGUUAGAAACAUUCUGCUCAGUUUGUUAAUGUACUUUUAGGACAGUGUGAUACAUUUGUUAUUCUGAUGUAGUAAACAAGAAAAAAUGGCAGGUUCUGCUUGGGUUAUUGCAGAUAUGGUUAUGCAGAUAUAGUUAUGCAUUUUAUUGGUAGAAUAUGAUUUUUCUUAUGAAUUGUAUUUUUAAGAGAUAAAGGUAAAGCUUUAAUGGGUUUAAUGCAGUCGUGAACAGAUUCUUUUAAUCAAAAUUACAGAAAUAAUAGUAUUUUAUUUUUGUCCCAUUCUUGUUUCACACAGCAAAUCGUGAUGGAAGAAACCAAAGAAAGUAUGGCUGAGAAGAUGUAAGAUAUGAUGUAUAUCAGUCUAUAAACAAUUAUUUAUUAUCAAAUUACUUAAAGACAUGCACCAGCACAAGCAUACAAAGACAAAAACACUAAAAUUAUGGAACUAUUACAGUGCUUCUGAAAAACAAAAUGCUGCAGCAUAAAACAUGUCCUAGAAAAGGUUUUUUAACAGUAGCUCAAAAUGGUUGCACUAUGUUUAAAUAACAAUUCUUUGAUGUAUUGUAACUUCAGAAUCACAUGUCUUUGUUUGUGUACUUGACAUUUUGUCAAAAAAUGGAUGAUUAUUCCUCAACAAAUUGUGAUAAUUUUAUGUAAAAUCAAGAUUUCCACAGCAAAACUGCAGCUUCUUAUAAAAAGCCUUUUAUUUUUGCUCUAUAUGCCUCUACUUAAAAGUUAGGCGGGUGACUCCAAAUUGGAACUUGUAGUGGCAAGUAUGAGUGACAUCAGACAUUAGACUCAUCUAUGCAGUAAGGAUUCCUAUCUUCCAUAAAUGUAAGCUUUAGUGCAUAAGUGACAAUUUUUUUUAUUUUAACAGCCCUUCAUGCAUUUAUCAUAAGGGUUUAAGAAAGUAAAUAGCUCUUUUUUGAUGAAAUGUAAUGACUUUUUUCACAGCUCCUCUCAAAAAGAAAGAGUGAUGUCAGUAUUUAAAAGACAGCUUGCUGUUCCACUGUUAGGUACAGAAUUGAUAUAACCAUUGCUAAACCAAGCUUCUGAUCCAUUUAGGUGGCAAGCGAAUAUAAUCUUUUGUUAGGCUACUUUCUUUGCAGUGAUCUAUAUGUUGAAAAAGAUGACCCUUUAAGGUAGCCAAAAUUUGAAGUAAAAGGUUUCUUUGCCUUUUGUUUGUUUUGUUUUACCAUCAAACUCAGAAAACUAAGAACAUCUAGAGUAUAUCUAGAAAGUUUGUUGUGUAAUGACUAAUCAUGUGAGAGAUCAGGAAACAAUAGUUUAACUCAAAACCAAAAGCUAUUUUAUAAACAAUGAGCUAAAUGAUGAAGAAAGAUGUUUUUUGUCUUGUCACAAGCAUGGGACAAAGAAAAAAUUCUGAGUUUCCAUGAGGAAUUGAACCUCUGACCUUUGGAUUCUGCACUGUGAUGCUCCACCACUGUCUCAGAAUCGGAGUCAAUCAAACCUUAAGACUUUCAGAAUCUGAAAGUCUAAGGUUUGAUUGCUGUGAUUUAACCAUGGUUAUCUGAUGGUUAUCUGAUUUGUGCUCUGAUGCUCUGCCACUGAGCUGGAAUUGGAGUGUGGCACUGGAGGUCUGAGGUUCAAUUCCUCAUGGGAACUCAGAAUUUUUUCUUUGUCCAACGCUCGUGACAAGACAGAAAACAUCUUUCUCUAUUUCUUCUCUGAGCUUAAAACUUGCCAUCUCUCUUAUUUUAUUUACAAGCUGAAUGAUACUUGCCUUUUGAUUGGUUCUUACUUAUGAUCUAUUGGAAACAGAUGCAUAGAUGAUCUCACAAUAGAGAAAAUUUUUUUCUUUAUCAUAUAACACAAAUAGAUUCCAUGUUGCCAUGGAUUUGUUCAGCAGUAGAUCACAGAAGACAAUAACCUGUGAUUGUAACAUCAGUGACAUAUUUAGCUACACCUUAUGUGCUACUUUUUUGUUCUUACUGUAUUUUGACUUAAACUGUGAUCUAUACUUGAACAGAUUUAUUGUACCAAGGAAUCUAUUUGUAAAUUACAACAGAGAGUUUGGAUGUCUCACACCUGAUUAACUUGUUUUCCUCCAAAUAAUUUUGGGCUUUUGCAAGUGUCAUGGUCACUGAUUAAAGAGCUGCGGAAAAAAAGAAAAAAAUGCAGCACCUAAAUUUUCUUGUGUAAAAGGAAAUACAAACUAGCAUUAACUUCAGAACAACUCUGUGCACAAUGUAUUUCAAGUGAGAUGAGACUUUAAUACCAAAUGCCAGCUUUGUUGAUCAUUUUGAAAAAUUGCGAAAAAAGAGAGAUGUUUUACCCUAACCCUUCGAUAAGUUUUCUUUUCCUUGUGUUCAUGGUGAUGUCCUGAAUGUCCAUUACCUGUUUGUAAAAUGUUAAAUUAUUUAUUUGCAAUUUUUUUGAUAUUCUGUUAAAGGUAUGCAGGCAACCUUAAGAGAGUUUGAAGACUGGUUAGAGGACUCUGUUCCUGAUGCAAUCAUGAUUGCCUACGAGAAAGCUUUAGCUAAAUUAGAGGAAUGUCUUCCUUUUGAGGAUGCACUGGUAAGACAUAUUUUAAUGUGGUGAACAGAAUAUCAAGCGAUGUCCACCUUAAGUGUCUUGCACACUAUUUGUUUUCAGCUUUGUUGGACUGUUACGUUAGUAUCUCGCGCACUAUUUGUUCUCUGAUUUGUUUGACUGUUACGUUGGUAUCUCGCGCACUAUUUGUUUUCAGCUUUGUUGGACUGUUACGUUAGUAUCUCGCGCACUAUUUGUUCUCUGGUUUGUUUGACUGUUACGUUGGUAUCUCGCGCACUAUUUGUUCUCCGGUUUGUUUGACUGUUACGUUGGUAUCUCGCGCACUAUUUGUUCUCUGGUUUGUUUGACUGUUACGUUGGUAUCUCGCGCACUAUUUGUUCUCUGGUUUGUUUGACUGUUACGUUGGUAUCCCGCGCCCUAUUUGUUCUCUGGUUUGUUUGACUGUUACGUUGGUAUCUCGUGCACUAUUUGUUCUCUGGUUUGUUUGACUGUUACGUUGGUAUCUCGCACACCAUUUGUUCUCUGUUUGUUUGACUGUUACGUUGGUAUCUCGCGCACUAUUUGUUUUCUGGUUUGUUUGACUGUUACGUUGGUAUCCCGCGCACUAUUUGUUCUCUGGUUUGUUUGACUGUUACGUUGGUAUCUCGCGCCCUAUUUGUUCUCUGUUUGUUUGACUGUUACGUUGGUAUCUCGCGCACUAUUUGUUCUCUGGUUUGUUUGACUGUUACGUUGGUAUCCCGCGCCCUAUUUGUUCUCUGGUUUGUUUGACUGUUACGUUGGUAUCUCGCGCACUAUUUGUUCUCUGGUUUGUUUGACUGUUACGUUGGUAUCUCGCACACCAUUUGUUCUCUGUUUGUUUGGCUGUUACGUUGGUAUCUCGCGCACUAUUUGUUUUCUGGUUUGUUUGGCUGUUACGUUGGUAUCCCGCGCACUAUUUGUUCUCUGGUUUGUUUGACUAUUACGUUGAUAUCUCGCGCCCUAUUUGUUCUCUGUUUGUUUGACUGUUACGUUGGUAUCUCGCGCACUAUUUGUUCUCUGGUUUGUUUGCCUGUUACGUUGGUAUCUCGUGCACUAUUUGAGUUCUGGUUUGUUUGACUGUUACGUUGGUAUCUCGCGCACUAUUUGUUGUCUGGUUUGUUUGCCUGUUACGUUGAUAUCUCGUGCACUAUUUGUUCUCUGGUUUGUCUGCCUGUUACGUUGGUAUCUCGCACACUAUUUGUUCUCUGGUUUGUUUGCCUGUUACGUUGGUAUCUCGUGCACUGUUUGAGUUCUGGUUUGUUUGCCUGUUACGUUGGUAUCUCGUGCACUAUUUGUGUUCUGGUUAGUUUGACUGUUACGUUGGUAUCUCGUGCACUAUUUGUUCUCUGGUUUGAUGGCCUGUUACGUUAGUAUCUCGCGCACUAUUUGUUCUCUGGUUUGUUUGCCUGUUACGUUAGUAUCUCGCGCACUAUUUGUUCUCUGGUUUGUUUGACUGUUACGUUGGUAUCUCGCACACUAUUUGUUCUCUGGUUUGUUUGACUGUUACGUUGGUAUCUCGCGCACUAUUUGUUCUCUGGUUUGUUUGCCUGUUACGUUGGUAUCUCGCACACUAUUUGUUCUCUGGUUUGUUUGACUGUUACGUUGGUAUCUCGUGCACUAUUUGUUCUCUGGUUUGUUUGACUGUUACGUUGGUAUCUCGCACACCAUUUGUUCUCUGUUUGUUUGACUGUUACGUUGGUAUCUCGUGCACUAUUUGUUCUCUGGUUUGUUUGACUGUUACGUUGGUAUCCCGCGCACUAUUUGUUCUCUGGUUUGUUUGACUGUUACGUUGGUAUCUCGCGCCCUAUUUGUUCUCUGUUUGUUUGACUGUUACGUUGGUAUCUCGCGCACUGUUUGUUUUCUGGUUUGUUUGACUGUUACGUUGAUAUCUCGCGCCCUAUUUGUUUUCUGUUUGUUUGACUGUUACGUUGGUAUCUCGCGCACUAUUUGUUCUUUGUUUGUUUGCCUGUUACGUUGGUAUCUCGCGCACUAUUUGUUCUCUGGUUUGUUUGCCUGUUACGUUGGUAUCUCGUGCACUAUUUGAGUUCUGGUUUGUUUGACUGUUACAUUGGUAUCUCGCGCACUAUUUGUUCUCUGGUUUGUUUGCCUGUUACGUUGAUAUCUCGUGCACUUUUUGUUCUCUGGUUUGUUUGCCUGUUACGUUGGUAUCUCGCGCACUAUUUGUUCUCUGGUUUGUUUGCCUGUUACGUUGGUAUCUCGUGCACUAUUUGUUCUCUGGUUUGUCUGCCUGUUACGUUGGUAUCUCGCGUUCUAUUUGUUCUCUGGUUUGUUUGCCUGUUACGUUGGUAUCUCGUGCACUGUUUGAGUUCUGGUUUGUUUGCCUGUUACGUUGGUAUCUCGUGCACUAUAUGUGUUCUGGUUUGUUUGACUGUUACGUUGGUAUCUCGUGCACUAUUUGUUCUCUGGUUUGUUUGCCUGUUACGUUAGUAUCUCGCGCACUAUUUAUUCUCUGGUUUGUUUGCCUGUUACGUUAGUAUCUCGCGCACUAUUUGUUCUCUGGUUUGUUUGACUGUUACGUUGGUAUCUCGCGCACUAUUUGUUCUCUGGUUUGUUUGACUGUUACGUUGGUAUCUCGCGCACUUUUUGUUCUCUGGUUUGUUUGCCUGUUACGUUGGUAUCUCGCACACUAUUUGUUCUCUGGUUUGUUUGACUGUUACGUUGGUAUCUCGCGCACUAUUUGUUCUCUGGUUUGUUUGACUGGUACGUUGGUAUCUCGCACACUAUUUGUUCUCUGUUUGUUUGACUGUUGCGUUGGUAUCUCGCGCACUAUUUGAGUUCUGGUUUGUUUGACUGUUACGUUGGUAUCUCGUGCACUAUUUGUUCUCUGGUUUGUUUGACUGUUACGUUGGUAUCUCGCACACUAUUUGUUCUCUGGUUUGUUUGACUGUUACGUCGGUAUCCCGCGCACUAUUUGUUCUCUGGUUUGUUUGACUGUUACGUUUGUAUCUCGCGCACUAUUUGUUCUCUUUUUGUUUGACUGUUACAUUAGUAUCUCACGCACUGUUUGUUCUCUGGCUUGUUUGACUGGUAUGUCAUUAUCUCGCGUACUAUUUGUUCUCUGUUUGUGUUAGUGUUACGUUAGUGUCUCGCGCACUAUUUGUUUCCUGACAGGUCUGAUUGUAACGUUGAUAUCUCGUGCACUAUUUAUUCCAUGAUAUUUCUGACUGUUACGUUGUUUAUUUGACUGAUACGUAUAUUAGAUAUACACAUACUCCUUUGUUUAUUUUUUGGGUCACUGCCUUCAAUUGUGAAUAAAUUGAAGACUCAAUUGUUGUCGGUUUAAAAAAAAAAAUUUUGCUUCCCCUAAUGAGGACUUUUUAUGAAUGGAUCUAAGCAUUUGUUGUGGUUCAAAAUUUGCUCUUUGUUGUAAAGUUAAAUUUAAAGAAAGAUUUAAAUUUUAACCGCAGACUUCUUGAGUAAGGCGCUAAUUCACAAUGCAAUGGUUCUUGCCAUUCAGGGUUCAGCUCAACCGCCCAAGACUACUGAAUUUAAGUCAUACCUGGAGUAUGAACUGACGAAAGGAGAUCCUGCCAGAAUACAAUGCUUGUACGAGAGAGCUAUGAAGGAAAAUUGUCUUGUUGGGGACAUGUGGACUGACUAUACUUCUUAUUUGGUGAGGAAAGUUUGCUUUAAGAGUAUCAAACUUAGGAGGGAUCAGAGUGUAAUUUCUCCCUAAAAUAUCGACGCUUUUAAUGAGAUAGGUGAUGAGAAAAAAAUACCUCUUACUAACGGGGUUUGAGGUCCGUUCGGAAAGUUACGGACCUAGUUCUGUUCUGAUUUAUGGCCCAAGUGCGAAGUUUGCGGACCACAAAUCCGAGGAGAAAAACGAGGUUCCGAAACUUACAGAAUGCACUAAGAUAACGAGGGCAGUACGAUAUUUAUCAUUUCAUUAUUUACAAUUUAACCCUUUAACCCCUAAGAGCGACUUGCAUCCAAUAAUCUCUCCUUACAAUAUCACCCUUGAAUCAUGCAGUAAGGUCAUGAGAAUAAAGGAAAUGAUCAGCUGCAAAAGAAGCUGUUGAUUAUUACACAAAUUCUCCUUGUCAACACCUCAGGGAAUGUAUGGGGAGAGCAGUAUGGAGAAUACCUUUAUUGAUGUUAGGGUGUAAAGGGCUAAACUAACUUUUGAAUUUACGUUAGUAUCUCGCGCACUAUUUGUUUCCUGACAGGUUUGACUGUAACGUUGAUAUCUCGUGCACUAUUUUUUUCCAUGGUAUUACUUCAUAGCGCUCUUACUAACCGAGAGAUAUAAUUAAAAUAACAAUUCAAAUUGUGGGUAAUUUUUUUUUUAGAAUUAUAGGAAGUGUAUAGAAGAGAGAGAGUGAGUCAAUAUUUAAAUCUUGGAUGUGAAGGGGAUAACCCCUUCACAUCUUAUAGGGACGGGAGAAUGAUCUGCCUAUGUUGAAUACUAGGCUGUGUUGCUUAAGCUAUAUUUUCCUGAUUUUUUUUCAUGUUUCCAGAAACUCUAACUGCAAAACAAUAAGUUUAUUAGUUUUUGCGUUGAUCGUAACAUCAUUUUUUUGUAUGAGUGACUAAGUUAAUUUCUUAAAUAGGAUUCAACGUUGAAGAUAUCAUCAGUGGUGCUUCCAGUGCAUGAGCGUGCUGUCAGAAACUGUCCCUGGGUGUCUCUUCUCUGGCAGAAUUACAUGCGAGCACUGGUUAGUUUUUGCCCAUUUCUUUAUUAAAACUGACGGGGUUUUAACGGCAGUUUGCAAAAUCACAACUGAAGGUUUAUGGCUCUUUUAUAGAAUGCUCUCUUUUGUGCUCCAAAGUACUAUCUCUUGUAUUUGAUUGUCAACGUUUCAACUUUUUAGGAACAAAACAUCAAAUUCGGUAUCCAUGUGGUUUCUAGUAAUUGUUCUUGUCCUUCUUGUGUCUUUACUGAGUGAUUGACUGACUAACUGACCAUCUGUCUGUCUGUCUGUUUGUUUGUCAGUCUAACUGACUGACUGAACUGAAUGUCUGUCUCUUUGCUGUCUGAGUGACUGGCUGAUCGACAGACCGACUGGCCAACUGACUUAGUGACUGGCUGAUCAACUGACUGUCUGACUGACUGACUGACAGGCUGACUGACUGACUGGCUGGCUGUUUGACUGACUGACUGACUGACUGAUUGUCUGGCAGGCUGGCUGACAAACCUAAUGGGUUACUGAUCAUCGAAAUCGACACAUAACUGACUAAAGCUACAGUAAAUCGUGAUUGGAUCAUUACUUACAUGUAGAUGCGUCAUUGAUUACUUUUUAUUUUAAAUGUGCUAUAAAAUAGUCUUCUCUAAUUGCUCUCUAGCUAAUCCGAUGGACAUCAUAAAUCAAGUAGUACAGAAAAUACCUGAUCACUGUUUUUUUUUUAUCAGGAACGCAACAAACAAGACGGCAAUAAAGUGAAAGGUAUGAUAGCAUCUUAAUUUCCCAUAAACGUUUUGUUUUUCUGUAUUUAAUUGCUGUUUUACUCAGCUUAAUGUUAUGUUUAUCAGUUCAGCUUUUUUUAAAAUCAAACUUGACAGAUGUGUUUGUUUAUAUUGUCCUCUGUUAUUGCUUUGCUUGUUGCAAGAUAAACAUUUCGUGUACAUUGACUUACUUCUCGCUGUCGUCGUCGUCACUUCAUAUAUCAUGUUUGGCUCUUGUAGAAAAAAAAAUUAACCCUUUACACUCCAACAUGAGUAUUCAUGUUCCCUAUACAUUUCUUUAGAUGCCGACAAGUAGUAUUUGAUUAACAAACAAGGGCUUCUAUUGUUGGUGAUCAUUUCCUUUACUCUCAUAACCCCUGAUGUUUCAUUCAUGAGUGAUACUGUAAGGAGAGAUUCGAUGCUAGGUCAAAGGGUUGAUGGCAAGCGUUGUCUUGACUCAUUUAUGGAGUCGCUCAAAUAGCUUUCUGUGCCAUUCUCGUUGGAAAGUUUCUUUUCAGACUGUGAGCGUGCAUGUUUCUUGGCCUUAUUAUGGACAAAGGUACCUGGCUUUAAAUCUAAGGCAGCUUUAGAUGUUGAAUGAGUUUCCAUGAAGUUAGUUAUGUUCUUUUUGCCUUGUUACAGAAACUCUAGACACAGCUCUGGGAUGCGGUUUUUCUGGCAGUGACGAUUACCUUCAGCUUUGGCAUUGUUACUGUGAUUACAUGAGAAGAAGAGUGGAGGACUGGGGAGAAGGUACGAUGUAAUUACCACGGUGACGGAGCAGGGGGGAAGCGGGUUUUAAGCUACACUUCCUGAACUGAAAUUUUAGGGGGCAACCUCUCCCCCCCCCUUUGCCUUGUACCACACACACCUUGUGCUUGUGCUAAAGAUUUACGCAAAGUACAUCGUCAUUUCAUUUCUCGUUAGCCACUAUGGUAACGUGCUGUUUUUUCUAUCUAGAUGUGACCUGAGCGAUAACCUUCUUUUGUGAAAUAUAUGUAGCCUCAUUGUUCUUGCAGAAUAAGAACAAAGUGGUCAGCUUUGUAAAACAUCAAGAAAUAGCACAACGGCUUAUUUAAAAAUAAGUGCUUUAGUAAAGCUUCAGUUUCAUAAUCAAAAACGAACUCUCCCUAAGCCAAAUCGACCUCGGUAUGGUGAACACUCUUACUGAACUCCGCCAAAUCCGAUUGAUAUUAUUAUCAGAUGAAUUUAUCUAUCUUACAAGAUUGAUAAGAGCGAGGAAUAACGUCAUCUUUACUCUAUGAGAUCGUGCCAUCUCCUGCAAUUAUACUAGAAACUUGGUUUGAUCAACUGAGUUGAGUUCAACCAAGAGUUCAAUCGGCCACUGUAAAGAGUUUCUAAAGCUGCUGUUUGGAGCGUUAGCUCCUCGCCAGAGCGAUUAGCGCUAACGCUCGAAAUGUCAGCUUUGAAACUCUUUACGGUGGCCAAUUGACUAAAUAAACUCAGCUGGUAAAGCCAAGUUGUCUUGUUAUACUCCCCACCGACGAAGCACCACAGUUUCCUCAGAAACCUAGCCCUUUAUAUAUUGGAAGCUGAUUCAUUGCGUUUUUACUAAUGAAUUUUACCAUUCCACAGAUAGUCAGAGUGUCAAAGACCUUAGGGAGAAUUUUAAAACUGCAACAGAAUAUUUACAGAACUGUAAGUUAAAUGUGUUACAUCUUGAGCUUUUAUGGGUCAAUUUAAUAUGAUCAUGUGCUAAAAUGGUGUUUGUCUUAUACUGCUCUUGUACUGCUACGCAGAUUUUGGCAAUGACGGUGAUCCCACGAAUCUCUUAGAGAGAUACUGGGCAAGAAUUGAGGUAAGGUUUGAACGUUACUCUUUACAUCCGAUAAUCAGUAUGCAUAUUCUCCUUACAGUUCUUUAUACAUUUCCUAAGGUGCUGAAAAGGAGAAUUUAUUUAACAAUCAAGAGCUUCUGUAGUUGGUGAUCAUUCCCUUUAUUCUCGUUACCUUAAUGUGUGAUUCAGGGGUGAUAUUGUGGGGAGAAAUUUGAUUCUGGUCACUAUUAGGAGUCAAAGGGUUAACAGAGAAUUACCAAGCAGUACAAGUGGUCUGUUUUAAUGCCAUAGUGCAAUUGUCGCAGUUCGACUUGAUUGUCUUGAAUUUUCUCUGUUGUUUCAUUAGCUCAUUUGUUAGCCAUAACGUAUUGUUCAUUUUUGGUUGUGAUUGUCAGGCAUUUCACUGUAAUAAUAUAUCGGAAUGUCAGAGACUUUGGGACAAUGUGAUACUCUCCAGGCACGGACGAGAAGCUGAGUUCUGGCUCGAGUAUGCGAACCUUUUAAGGUCAGUACCUCGGUAGCAGCUCUUUUGACGAAUUAAACAGCGUGGCCAACUAAAAACAAAUUAUACUCCCCUGCCAACGCAGCUCCACAGUUUCUUAAGGAACUUACCCCUUUUAUAAUCCUUUCCACUUCGUUUGCAGGUCUUGUCGUGACGUCAAAAAGUGUCGUAAAAUCCUGCAGCGGGCUGUGCAGUCAGCCAGUGAUAACCCUGAAAUGGUGAUUCAGGCCCUGCUCAGUUUUGAACGAGAAGAAGGUUAGAAGAGCUUGGAACCAAUUGGGCCUGUGCUCAGUGACAUCUGCAGUUUGAUAAUUUUAUGAGAAUGGUGUUUUCUUCCCUUAAACUCUCAUUCUCUUCCCUUCCUCUUUCUCUUUCAUUCUCCCCGUCCCCCUCCACCUCCUCUCCCUUUCCCACCCCCGCAAAAACAACAGCCGCAGUGUUAUACUGUUAUGACUCUGCUGUUCUCUUCCUCAUUUUCUCUUUGUCUCCCUUUCCCCCCCUCCCUCCUUUGUCUUCCCCCUCCCCCUACACAUCCACUUACACCUCCACUCUCCAAAAAGGCAACCUUAACAGUACUGCGAGAAAAAAAAACAGUUUAAAUGAUGUUUGAAAACGUUAAUGUUUUCCCAAAUCUUUGCUUUUCAUUUGGCUUAUGACCUUCACAAAGCACUGGUGUUCAGACUGAUACCAUUUAUGAAUAUGUGCGAACAAGACAUUUGAUCUUUAUGGUUGUAUUUCAUUAAUUAGGGACGUUGGAGGACUGGGAUGCAGCUUUUUCAAAGUGUCGAGUACAACUAUUGAGAGUCAACGAACGAAGACAGAAGGUGAUUUAAUCUAAGACGCCUUGAUGCAUUUUAUAGCACCAAACAUUUGCAUGGUAAAGCAAUCAACUUUGCUAAAUUCUUUGAGCGAGAAUGACAUUUAAAAUGCCCAAUGAAUGGAACAAUUACCCUCUUGGGUUAAAUUGUUGGUUCACGGACUUUCAUCAUCCAUUCAAAGACCACUACGAACACCACUACGAUUAAUUUGGUUUUACUCUUACGAAACUCAUUUGAAAAGCACUCUUAUAGUUUUAUUAAUGGAUCGAUUGAUUGAUUGACUGACUGAUCUGGGUAGGUUGCUGAAAAAGAGGCUGUACGUGCAAAAGCUGAAGAGGAAGCCCAAGCGAAAAGAAAAAUUGCGAAUGCAGAGAGAAAAGCAACUAAGAAAAUGGAACAGAAAAAGGCCAAGUUUGAAAUGAGGAAGAGAAAGGUAAUGUCAUGUUUUGACCCAUUGCCUGUCUGGUUUUCAAAACGUUAGUCAGAGCUGCGCGUCUAGAAUAAAAUCUUCAUAAUCUUUAUAUUUAUUUUAUUGGGGAGGCGACAUGAGAUUAUGUAUGCUGUGCAUUUGUUUUUACUGUCAGGCCAAUGACCAACCUACUCCUGGAGACAAAACUCAGAAAAUGACAGAUAAUACACAAGAUUCGGGAGAACCAGUGGCUAAAAAGCCCCACGGUACGUUUUAUAUAUCUUCUGACGCCCGUCUAAAUGGGAAAAUUCCAAUACCCCUUUUCUCUACCUGCACACAGAUCUUUUCUCUUCCCCUCAACUUCUUCCUCCACCAAAAUAAAACUUUGAUUCUCUUAGUUCUUCCAAAGUAAGAGAGGGUUCUUGGUUAACCCUUUCAACAGAAAUAUUCCCAUUUGCCCAUGGUAAGACUUCCAUGUUCACUCUUUUUUUCAAAGCGGGGUAAGAUUCCCUUGCCUCCUUCUCCUUUCUCCCACAUGUAGAUUCGGAUGCGAUUUCUACUCUAUCUUCUUCGUAAGGAAUUUACUUACCACUACCUCAUUCUCGAAAGGAAUAUUUCAAAUUUGCUUUCCCCUUGUUAAGUUCUGAGCUUUCAUCCAUACCCCCUCACUUUCGACACAUGUGGCUUCGAGUCUGUUUUCGUCUAAAAGUCUGACAGUAUGGUUCAGACUUCCCUUUUCUGAAUCGUCUGUAAGACACAGAACCCUUUCAGCACAGUUUGUGUUUGUUUUCUGGUCCUCUCAAGAAAAGUGAUCUUUUGACGUAGUUUACCUGUACGUUUGGUUUGUUUUUUAGUUGAGAAUGAAAGUGAAAAUCUCUCGUCUACUCAAUCGACGCCAGCAGGAGAACCAUCUACGAAAAUUUCACAUGACAGGUUAGUGCUUAGUUUAAAUAGGCUCUCAUUAAUAGCGCUACAGGACGCGCGUUUCUCCGACCGCGAGAAGAUUUAAGAUGAGUCAGGGAAAUGUUGCUCGGGAGUGGCACUAAUAAUGAGGUAUCAGUGCUAGAUCCCUUGCAGAUAUCUCCCGACUCUCGUUGAUCGCGGGUGAAGAAACAAUGGUGCCGAAGCGCUAACAAUUAGCGCAAGUUCGCUUGUUAUGCAUACUUACUCCUCAAUUUAGUCGUUUUUAAUGAAGGUUUGGAUAUUAAUUCGAUGCCAAAAUUUCUUCUGCUUAAAAAAGUAUAUCUUUCCCGCGCACAGAGAAUAUGCUAUUUAUAUCUGUGUGAAGGUAUCAAUGUCACAGUGGUAACCUGGUAUGGAACAAUUUUCUAUUGAGUGUCGUAAGUAAUCCGCAAUUGCAUUGGUUUUGCUUUACUUGCUCUGUAAUUGGUCCAAAAGACUCGCGCUACUUUCUCAACCAAUCACGGUUGAACCAAUGUAACUUAUGCAUUACCAUUUGAAUACUUUAAAACUAAGGUACAGAGAGCUCAUGAAAAGAAAGGCUGCGAUUAAGGCUGGAAUGAAAGAGAAUAGAUCAGUUCCGUUUUACCUCUUGACCUUGACUUUAAAUUAAUUCAUUUUCCAGCACAAAGGAUCCGAAAACAGUAUUCGUUAGUAACCUUUUGUUUUCAGUUGACGAGGAACGGCUCAAGCAGACUUUCUCACCGGUAGGUUUAUGUUCUUUGUUGUGUUGGUAUAGAAUUGCCAAGUGCUACUAUCAGCGAAGGUUUAGUCUUUUUAGCCUUUCACGCAGGUCGAGCGAAGACGGACGCGAGGCGAGCAUGAAGGGCUCAUCACGCAUUCCCUCUUUCGCGUGUAACUUGCGCUUUGCGCUCGCCCCGCGCUUGCUUCCGCUCUUCCUGAAAAACGCCAGAACCAGCGCCUUUUCUGCAAGCUAAUUAAAGACAAGUUGGUCGGAUCUUUCGUAAUCUUUUAACCAGUUUUAUUAUUGAAACUUCACGCAAUGUACUAAUUCCUGAAAUCUUAAUUUCCGACGUGAAUGCGUGAAAGGUCAAAAAAUGAUUGAUUUAUAUGCGUUGAUACCUUCUCUUCCCUUUUCUGUACAUCUUGUGAAGUUUUAACGGCAACAAUCCAUUAUUUUCACUUUGAUCUUUUAACAUUAUUGCCAUUCUAGUUGUUUUAUGGAAAGUCCUUAACACUAGAGACUUUUUGGUCAUGAAUUAACAGCAAAUAGAUGCUCUUUUUUGCUAUAGAGUACAUUAAGUAGAGUGGUACUUGAACUUCUUGUUUACUGCGAUGUUACAGUAGGUUUGUUUGUAAGAACAUAUAUAUAGUGGGUAUGCAAUUAGUGGUGUUUUACACUUUGUUUUGGUCCCAGCUUGGCGACAUAACCGAAGUAAGGCUUGUCAAAAACCAGAUGGGGAAAUCAAAAGGAUUCGCUUACAUCGAGUUUAAGAACCAGGUGAGAGGAAAGCAAUAUUGUUGUGUCUCUAAAUCCUUUAACCUCUGAGGGUGACUAGCAUCUAAUUUCUCACUAUGUUAUUACUGCUGAAUCAACUAUUGAGGUUAUGGGAAUUACGAAAAUGAUCGCAAAACUUGAGAAGCUCCUGAUUUUUAACUCAACAUCCCCUGUCAGUGCCAUAGGAAAUGUCUAGGAAACAGUAUGGAGAAUAUACACCCUGAUGUAGGGGUGUGCAGGAUUUAUACGAUGAAAUUGUAAUUUGUUUUGCUGCUCACCGAGUACAUAGUUAUCAAUAAAGCAUCGUUUCCUUGUUGCUCAUUUGGGGAAAGGGAUCUUUAAGUUGCAUGGAACCCUUUACGGUGACAGUUCCAUACCUUUACAUGGUUCUUCUGUUGAUGUUUCAAUUUAGGCCUCGGUACAAGCUGCCCUGUCCAUGGACAGGACAAAGUUAAAUGGAAGACCGAUGUUUGUUUCGCCUUCGGUGGACAAAUCUAAGAAUCCAACGCAAUUUAAGGUUAGUAUGAGGUUUUUUUCCUUUAUCCUCUCCAUGCACCGCCAAAGUAAGAUCGGUAACGAGAUUUUUAUACUGCAUUUUGAAAUUUGAUUUGCCUUUGUGUCUCUGGCCUCCAGAUGUUCCGUUAUUUGUUUUUACUUGAGCCAUUACGAAUAUCUAAUCUAAAACAGUUUUGAUCUUCUCAAAGAUACGAUUUAUAAUUUGUUGCCUCCUUCUAUUGACAGUUUCCUACGACUCUCGACAAGAAAACAUUGUUUGUGUCCAAUCUUCCUUUCGAAGUUAAAGAGUCAGAGUUGGAGAAUCUGUUCGAAAAGGUAAUGUUUCAUGAUGUCCUUGUUUAAUUUCUUGUUGUUUGUGUUAUUAGUGCCUCUUUGCAAAGUAAGGUCUAGAAUUUGUCCAUGAUGUUUCUCCGUUAUUCCCGCUUGUCUCUUGCAAAUGUUUUCCUAGCGACUCAUAAUUAAGGGUGCUUCCUAACUUGAUCUCACUUUUCAAAAAGAACAUCCGAUACAAAGGUUUGGGCCUAGUACUAAAAAAUUUGUCGAUCGAACCCUUAUCUUUGAUGUCUCAUUCCAGUAUGGAAAAGUGAAGCAAAUUCGUCUGGUGACUAACAGAGCUGGUAAACCGAAAGGAUUUGGUUACGUAGAGUUAGAAGAUGAGGUGAGUAGAUAUGUUGUUUACGUUUCCAACGGCCUCUCAGUAGGUUUUCAACUUACUUAUGGUCGUGUACUUGUCAAUGUUCAAAAUUACAAUGUCCUCGGUUUCAGGGUUUUAGAUUUUGUUUGCGUUAGGUUUGAGCAAAGAACUUAUGCGCACGUAUGUGCGUAAGGCAAACGGUUACUUUGAAGUUGGUGGCAUUUCGAAAGGCACGACGUAGUCAGUCUAAAAAGUUAACUACGUUCUUCGCUACCAUAUUGGAGUUGAAAGUGAUAACAGCUUGAGACAAGCAAUAACAGUUGUUACUUCUUGUACUUUACCACGACUAACAAACUUAUUGAAUAAUUUGACUUUUUGCUUAACUUUCGAAUUUUUUGUUCCAAGUUAUAGAAAACGCACGCUGUCACUGUUGUAGAGUAUCAGGCAAAAUCUAGGUUUUAUGAAGUAUUAAAUUUUACCAUGCGAAGGUUAAAAGGUGAAGCAUUGAGAAGUAAAAAUAAAGCAGGUGGCAUUUUAUAUGGCAUUUAAUAUGGAAUAUGGCACGUGAUGGUGAUAUAUCAUUGAAAUUUUUGUCAACAGACAGGAGCAUCAGCGGCCAUUGUAGCUUUGGACGGAAGCCAGGUCGGAGACAGGCAGAUUUCAGUUGCUGUGUCAAAUCCACCCAGCAGAAAACCCAGGCAGCCCGGGGCCGACCAACAGCAAAGACAGAAAGAACAGCCGGGAAGGUAUGCACGCUUGAAUGUUUCUGAAUCACAACCCACUGUCUUGUUUACCUGCUCCUGGCAACAGCUUGAAGUGAUGUGUUGAAGUGUUAUGCUUUACUUUUUUUCUGCACUUUCUUUGUUUGUUUGUUGAUGCUGUUUGGGGCUCUCAAAUAUGUGGGGAUGAAUGGUAGGGAAAGUUUGUUAUUAAACUAGUCAUAAUAUUAUCAUAAUGAUUUGGUUUUAUCAACUGAGUUGAUAAGGUUAAUUGGCCACCGUAAAAAGUUUUCCAAUGAUAUUUCGAGCGGUAGCUAUAAAUGUCAGCUUUAGAAACUCUUUACGGUGGCCAAUUUACAUCAUCAACUCAGUAGAUGAAACCAAGUUAUCUUUUGACGCAGCAUCAAAGUACUACAUCACUUAACCUUUACAUUCAAAACGUUAUCAUGUUGAUUUACUAGAAUCAGUUUUGAUGAUACCAAAAAGUUGUCUGUGAAAAUCUUAUCUAACAAUUCUUUACUUAAUAAUGUUAGUAUAUUCCCAAAACGAAAGUUGACAUUUACGUAUUUCGAGAUUGAAUGUUUCAGGGGCCUCUCCGUGGGUUAUCAGAGACAGAGCACGUAUAUGUGUCAUGAAGAAAUCUUCUUUCAAAAAACAAAAAAAAAAUUUCCUUCCCUUAUUUCGUUUCAGUCGUGGCCGAGCAAGAACCCAGCUGCAACUCAUCCCCAGGGCACUGCAGAAGACUGCGUCCACUGCACCAGCUUCUUCGUCAGAUAACUCAACCGUAUUGAGCGAAGAAAAGACCGAAGCCAAACCUGGCGCUGAAGUUAACCAAGGUUUUAGUAAUGAGUAUUUUAGAAGCCUUUUGCAGAAGAAGAAUUAAGUUUGUUGAAGAGUAACAGAAUACUGUUUUAACUGAACAAUUUGCUUACAAAGGGCAAAAAAAAAAAGAAAAAGGCAACAGUUAUUAAUGUCAUGUUUUGUUAUGGUUAAAAGAAAAACGCGAAGUAGAGAUUGUUUUGGGUUUGCGAACAACAUUUACGAGGAGGCUUUUAAAGAGCUUUAUAACUUGUCAUCUUAUAAACGUCCAUUUGAAACAUUGUUAUUUAUUUGUUACUACGGCUGGCAUAGUAUGCAUGGUGGACGUUAACGGAAAACGGCAAACAGCAAAAAAACUUCUCCCACCGUCUGCCGUCUGUACACUUAUGUGAACAUACUUACAUUGCUUGUGAACAAGAGAACCUUGGUCAUUUUUGUAUUGAAGGUAUUGACGAUUUUGAGGCAAAAUGAGUUACAUCAGAAUUAAAUCAGAGUUGAUAUUUGCGGUUUGCUGUUUCCGUAAACAUUAUGCUUAACCUCGCUAUAUCAGUAAUACUGAUUGACUGAUUGUCAUAAUGUCUCUAAC